CCUCGGCCGGGGCGGGGCUGUGCGCGGCUCUGGGCGCCCCGGGCCGACGCGGGACCCCGGCGUGCGGGCGGCGGCCCCGGGAGCAUGAGCGGGCAGCGCGUGGACGUCAAGGUGGUGAUGCUGGGCAAGGAGUACGUGGGCAAGACCAGCCUGGUGGAGCGCUACGUGCACGACCGCUUCCUGGUGGGGCCGUACCAGAACACCAUCGGCGCCGCCUUCGUGGCCAAGGUGAUGUCCGUCGGGGACCGCACGGUGACGCUGGGCAUCUGGGACACGGCGGGCUCCGAGCGCUACGAGGCCAUGAGCAGAAUCUACUACCGGGGCGCCAAGGCGGCCAUCGUGUGCUACGACCUCACGGACAGCAGCAGCUUCGAGAGGGCCAAGUUCUGGGUGAAGGAGCUGCGCAGCCUGGAGGAGGGCUGUCAGAUCUACCUCUGUGGCACCAAGAGUGACCUGCUGGAGGAGGACCGGCGGCGCCGGCGGGUGGACUUCCACGAUGUCCAGGACUACGCCGAAAACAUCAAGGCCCAGCUCUUUGAGACGUCGAGCAAGACCGGCCAGAGCGUGGACGAGCUCUUCCAGAAAGUGGAGGAUUACGUCAGCGUGGCCGGCUUCCAGGUGAUGACAGAGGACAAGGGCGUGGAUCUGGCGCAGAAGGCGAACCCCUACUUCUACAGCUGCUGCCACCACUGAGUCGCCGGUGCGCGGCCGGGGAGUGAGGGCGCGCGUCCCCGCGGCCGGCGCUGCCCGCCCGGCCCGGCCCGGGUGGCCCGAGGUCCGGAGCCACCCCGGGUCUCCCCGGCGGCGCUGGCCCGCGGGAGGGCGGCCCGGGCUGCCCGGGGCCGAGCUCUGCGCCCACAGACUAUUUAAGUGGCUUCUGAUCUGUAAAUAAAAUCAGUGCACUGUGACUCACCGCAGCCCCUCGCCCGGCGGGCGCCCGCGCAUUGAGAGCCACGUCCCCUGGCCUCGGUGUCCCCUGGCCUCGGGGCUGUCCCCGGCGCGGCCUUCUAACCCACCUCCCCAUCUCCACCUCAUCUCCAGCUCCUUUUUUGUGGGUGAGCGCCUGGGCAAGGGCCGCGCCCCCCCUCCUUCCAGGUGCUUUGGAGGGGAGGGGACCCCCCCAGAGAUGGCAAGGACAGUCGCUGGGCCUAAGCCCUGGGGUCCGGGCAGCACUGCUGCGUCCGCGGCCCCCGGGCCCAGGCCCCGGCGCCGGGAUGGGAGCUUCCCAGGGGUUCUGUGAUGGGUCCCGAAGCAGGCCCACGGCAGAUUCCAAUUCAGGCUGGAGGAGCUCACGGCCGAUGGGAAAAAGAAAAGCCAACAGAAACCCUUCAGCCUGAGCUGCUCACUCUAAAUAAAGCCCUGCUCAGAAUCA